AUGGACGCGUUCGAGGACGACAACCCGUUCGCGCAGGACACAACCGCCCAGUCCUCCAACUCCUCAGAAGACCAUGUGACCGUCUCGAUACCCUCCUCUCCCAACGCACCCGCCUCCGCCUCCAGGGAACAGUCAUACUUAUCCCCUACUUCGCCCACAAGACCGCCCUUCCCUUCGCCUGGCACUGGUGGAUUUCCUAGACAGUCUGGAAAGGACGAUUAUUGCUGCUACCGCGAUCAGUGGUUGCACGGUGACGAUGCGGAGGUUCUGAUCGUUGAUGCGGUAAAGACGAGCGAACAUGCGUCCUCGCCAUACAUCGCAUACGUCAUCAAGUCCGGCAACGCAACUGCACGGCACCGGUAUUCCGAGUUCGAGUCUCUCAGGAACGGGCUUACUCGGCUCUACCCGACGCUCAUCAUCCCGCCCAUACCCUCCAAGCAGAGCAUCGGCGAGUAUGCGAUCAAACAGGGAAAGGCGAAGGAAGACGCGAACAUGAUCGCCAGGCGCCGUCGCAUGCUUCAGACGUUCCUCAACCGUAUCUCUCGCCACCCCAUCCUGUCCAACGAGCACGUCUUUCACCGAUUUCUCGACGGUGAAGUAUCAUGGUCGGAAAUCAUGAACUCGCCACCCUUGAGCCUACUUCCCAAGAACCUUCUGAAGGCGCCCGCACACAAUCCUACCGACCCUCAAGCAUCACCCGCAUAUCAAGCCUUGCCUAAUCCAUCCGCACUACAUCCUCUACGUCGCCCGGAUCAACGCUUCAUGGACUCUGAGGUAUUCACCAACAAGUUCGCUGCACAUCUCGGUGGCCCGAUGGAGAAGGUCACCAGACGGACGAUGAAGCGGUGGUCAGAGUUCGCACAAGACCAUAUGGACCUGGGCGCAGCAUGGAACGGCUUCAGCUUAAACGAGACCGGUCAAUUGGCUACUGCUAUCGAGAAGUCGGGCCAAGCGAUCGACGCGACGUACAUGUCUACCGCUCGCCUCAUGCAGGACCUCGAGCAGAACUGGCAAGAGCCCCUGCACGAAUACGCCCAAUUCGCGAGCAUAAUCAAGCGCUUACUCGCAUAUCGCCACCAGAAGCACGUUCAGCUCGAGAUGACCCAGGACGCGCUUGAGGCGCGCAAAGAGCAGCUUACGGAACUUGAGAAGUCCGAGCAGGAGGCGAGGAGGCUUGAGGAGGCGCUUGGGAGGGGGCGUGUGGCUGGCGGGUAUGGAGGUGGCGGUGCUGCAGUGGGAAGUCCCACGAAUGGGGGAAGGACUUCAUCUGCUGCUGCCGAGGGCGCGGAGGAGGGUGAAGGCACGGGCACGAAGCCAGGGCCAGAGGAUGAAGACCCGGAAGACGCCGAUCCGGCAUCAUCCUACCUCCCUCCUCACCCCGGUCCUUCCCCUCCCACCUCUCGCCGACGCGUACCAGGAAUGGGCCUCCUCAAUGCCCUCUCCUACACCCUUCACGGCAUGAUGGAUGCCGACCCCGAAACGGCGCGUCGCGCGGGCAUCGGGAAGACGAGGGAGAACAUCGGGCAGUUGGAAGACGCGCUGCAUCUGGCGGCGCAGGAUCUGAAGUACGCGAGCUCGACGAUUCAGGCGGAUUUGGAUCGGUUUCAGAGGCAGAAGGUUGCGGAUCUGAGGAGGAUGGGCAUUGAAAUGGCUAAGAGUCAUAGGGAUUGGUGUAAGAAGAAUCUGGAAGCUUGGGAAGAUGCGCGCCGCGAGAUCGCGCUCAUCCCGGACCACCCGAAUCGCGCACCGCCACCCGCUGAGCCGCUCGCUGGCCCGAGUACGAGUACGGAUGCGAAUGGAGCGGGACCGAGUACGCGUCGCGAUUCGACUGCUACUGCUACGGGGCGGUAA